UCUAACCAUGGCGGCUUUGUUUUCAUCGCGGACGUUAGACUGCAAGGAUUUACACAGUUACCUAAAGACAUUGUCCUCCCAUAUACUUGACAGAUUAUAUAACCACCCGGCAACAUGUCUAGCUGUGUUCAGAGAACUUCCAGAGUUAGCCAAGCAUUAUGUGAUGAGGUUGCUGUUUGUGGAUCAGCCAGUAUCACAGGCUGUCAUUUCACUGUGGGUCAACAACAAGCAUACUAAUGAACACAGGAUAGCAACUAGAGCUUUAACUGAUCUUAGAAUCUGGUAUGAACAACCAUUACCAGGUGGAAUGCAGGGUUGGAUCCUCAACAUGACCUUUAAAGCCAACAUGAAAACAGCUCUUUUAGGAGGUGGUAAACCAUGGACAGGAAGAGGUGUGGCUCCCUUGCCUCCUGAUAAAAACAGCCGAGACGUCGACUUCCUUGAUAAAUAUGCCCUAGAAAGAUGGGAGUGUGUUUUACACUUUAUGGUUGGUUCAAGAGAGGGAGCAGAUGGGGUCAGUCGGGAUACAAUAGAGGUGCUUAAACAUUCAGGACUUAUGAAAGUCGAUGAAGGUGAUCCUAUGCCAUUUAUUACACCUGGAGGUUUUCAGUUUUUGCUGAUGGACACUGCUUCACAGAUCUGGUUCUUUAUGCUGCAAUACCUUGAUAUGGUUGAUAGUAGAGGCCUGGACCUGGUGGAAUGUCUCUCAUUCUUGUUUCAACUUAGUUUCUCUACUCUUGGAAAAGACUAUAGUACAGAUGGUAUGAGCGAUGGUCAGCAGAAGUUUCUACAACAUUUACGUGAAUUUGGACUGGUUUAUCAACGAAAGAGAAAAGAGAAGCGGUAUUACCCAACAAGACUGGCUAUCAAUUUGGCGUCUGGGCUUACUGGUAUUGGUACAGACUCUCACAGACAGGGAUUUAUAGUCAUUGAAACCAAUUAUAGAGUUUACGCAUAUACAGAUUCUCCGUUGAAUAUUGCAUUAUUAGCUUUAUUCACUGAGAUGUUGUACAGAUUUCCAAAUAUGGCAGUGGGUAACCUGUCUAGGGACAGCGUUAGAGCGGCUCUGAUGAGGGGAAUUACUGCAGAACAAAUAAUAAGUUUUCUAAGAUCUCAUGCACAUCCAGAAAUGAUGAAAGAGAAACCAUCACUACCUGCAGUUAUAAUUGAUCAAGUACGUCUCUGGGAACUUGAACGUGAUAGAUUUAAAUUCAACGAUGGUGUGUUAUAUAGUCAGUUCCUGUCACAAGCCGAUUUUGAAAAACUUAGGGAUUAUGCCAAGGAGCUGGGAGUAUUGGUGUGGGACAACAACAACAAGCGAGUGAUGGUCGUCUCUCGAGCUGGGCAUGAUACUGUUAAGAAAUAUUGGAAACAGCAGAAACAAUCUUAACACAUGAAGAACAAAGUCAUGUAGAAGUACAUGACGUAUAUCUUCUACUUAGGGUUUUUUUUAAAGGCUGGUGCUUUAAAAAAGACUGUUGCAGGUCAACAUUCUGCCUUGUUGACCUGAGAAAAUUAGAAUGAUAGCUGGAGAAAACUGCAAUGUUAUUCUGAGAAAACUAGAAUGUUAACUUGAGAAAUCUCAAUGUCUUAAUGACAUUUUCAGGAUUUUAUUCUAAUGUGUAACUGACUUGUUGGUAUGUAGGAGAUGCACGCUGGAGAGGCUGUAAAAUAGCUGGCAUUCAAACAGCUUCUGAUAGAUCAAAGUGUUAAAAAUAGAACUUGCCAUGCUGACAUUCUGGUUUAAGACCACAGAUUUGAAAGUGGGGUCAGUGGCUUAGUGGUAUUUAUGGCUAGUUUAGAUGUUCAAAAUACAGUCUUGUCUGGUCUUCCAUGCUAAACAACAAGGAAUGUAUAUGGCAUGUCAUGUCAUGCCCUAAUGCCAUAGUGUAAGAGAGUUCUGAAGGAAAAAAGAGCUGUCAAGAAAAUACACAUAUAUUGAUAACAAAAGAGAGAAACUGGAAAAGUGUAUAAAAAAUGGGAACUUAUCAUUUUGAUGCAUGGACAAGUUUCUAAACUGUAAUAUGCUGUGGGAGAGUGAAAAUCACAAAUUAUGUUCAACAUGAUAUUCAUAGAAAACAGCUGGUCUGUUAAAUAAAUAUUGUUGUUCUUGAA